AUGAGUUCACCAUUCACUAUGGUUCUCGCCAACACAUAUAUAUUAGAAUGGGAACAAAAAUUAAUUCAACAUCAAAAUAGACAUGAUGAAAUUUCUGGCCGAUAUAUUGAUGAUGUAUUUAUGACUACGAAUUUAACAAAAGAAGAAUUUUUACAACAACUUAAUGAAACAAUGAAAACAGAUCCAAACAUUAAAAUUACUAUUACAAUAAAUCAAGCAUUAGAACAUCUUGAUGCUAGUAUUGAAAAUAAUAAUGGACAAUUAGAAACAACUACUUAG